AGACCCAAACAAGUUAAAAUGUUGCAACAAAAUAUAUUAGACCAGCUUAAACAAUUUAUAGACACAGUUAGCAAUGGACACAGUAAUCCACAGCUCCUAACGAAACCGUCACUCAUAAAAGUUGCGUUGGGAUUUCUGGAUGAGCUGCCGGCCACCCGCGACAUCGUUUUUGAUUACUUUGGCAUUCUAGCCGAGAUCGGAGUGCAGCUCUAUAUAUCUCCCGAAAUGAUGGAUCAAAAAACGGGUCUGCCAAUAUCACAAAUGAAACAGGAAGGCAAUCCGCAUCAACAGAUGCGCGCGGAGGAGUACGAAAGCUUUAACAUGGUCAAAACAUCGCUACAAAAUUUAAUAUGGAAAGGACCACCGGCCUGGUCACCGCUCAUUGCCAACUGGAGCUUAGAGCUAGUGGCCAAGCUAUCGGACAAGUACACACAGCGAAGGAUGACCAUUCCUGCCUCAUGCAACUACUGGCUGGAAUGCAGUGCCAUGCAUGGUCUGCUCACGCUGAUCAACAGUUGCUUUCGCAAGCUGAGCAACACGGAGGCGGAGACAUGCGUGGAGACCAUGCUGAGUGCGUUUCAUCGCUAUCCGAUGACAUUCGACUGGAUUGUGGCGCGGCUGGGCGGCUGUUUUCCCUACAAGAUCAUUAUGCAAAUACUGCAGUGCGGCAUCAAGCGUUUUGUAGACGAUUAUCGCUGUCAUUUGGACUCUGAAGCUGGCAUCCUGGACUACAUGACUUCCUGUCAUGAACAACAAUUGCGCGCGGCAUUUUGUGAGAUGCUCAAAGAUGGCCUGGCACCCAAAAAACCACUUGACGUGGCUAUAGUGCCGUUUCUUUUAAUAACCACGAACUACUCCGAUGCCAUUCUACAGAGUUUGGUCAAUGUUUUUAUAGAUAUAUACACCGAUGAUAUGUGCGAUGCAAUCGUGCAGAAGGCUCCGCUUUGGCUAAGCAACAAAAUGUUUGCCGACAUGCAGCCGUCCCUGAAUAAUGCCGUGCUACGUGUUAAUCAACAUGGUGCCAAGCUACUGUUAAUGGUGGCCAAAUUGGCUGAAAAGUAUGUGUGGUGUCAGGAAUUUUUGGAUACGUCCAUGCAGGAAUUAGAGCAAUGGGUACUGAACAUGCGCACUUUUCCAUUACUUGGAGAUUUAGCCUCCGAGAAAACUAAAUACAUGCUCUGGAAAAGCUGCCUCAGCACAAAUCUAUUGGAGCAACAGACAGCAGUGCGUUUGCUGCUCGUGGUCUCCUCACAGCAUCCACAUAUCUAUUAUCAAACAAUUUCGCAAUUGCUGCGCAAAUCCUAUGCUCAAAAUCCGAAUACCAUUGGCGCUCUGAUGCGCUUGCUGGGUGGCCAGAGCGGUGUGCUCAACUUUCCCAACAUAACGCAGGGGUUUAAAAUGGUGCUGGAGGAUAUAACGCUGCAGGAGCAGGUUAACAAUCGUUUGCCCGUGGAACCCGGCACUCCAACGGAGGCAUAUAAUACUUUUUACAACCUUAACCUGCUGACCAAAAUGCACAAAAAGAAUCAAUUUCCGCACACUAAGCCACAGCUGUUGACGCAAUCAUUGAACGAAUGCCUGCCUAAGAUUAUACAAAUCCUCGACUGCACAAUUCAAAAGCUCUUGCUACGAAUGGAUAAAGCUGCUGCUGAGCUCAGCGCUGAGAAGUUUAAAAAACAGCAGGCCAACAACAACAAUCAAGAAGCAAUGCAAGAUUUGUAUAACGGCAAUGGUCCCAUUAAGCGCCCCAAACUAGAAGAAGGUGAAGUGGCCAUGACGGAGGAAACACCUGAUGCAGCACGCAUGCGUUUAGCGCAUCUAAUUGUGGAGCUGCUGAACAACAUCGAGGCUGGCACACGCUGCACUGUGCUGCGAACACCGCUGGUGCUUAAACUAGCCGUUCUUAGUGUGAAGUACUUCUUUGUAGGCCUUAGCGAGACGACUGUCAUCCGUCGCGCCGCGGCGGCUCAUCGCGCCUAUGCGCUGCUCCAGCGUCAAUGCUCCGCCCGAAAAAUAGCGCGCACCGUUUGCUUGCGUGAGCUGGUUGAGAGCGCGCUUUUCUAUCAUGGCCAUUUGCUUGGUCAGCUAGAGGAGUACGAAUUAGAUGAGCUAAAAAUACCUGAACAUGAGCUGCUUAUUGUGCAAAACCUUCACACAAGCUCCGGAUCCAACUCAAAUCGCUCUGUACUGCAUUCCGGCGUUAUUGGGCGGGGACUGCGACCUGUGCUGCCCAUUAAUAACAGAAGCUGCGAUGCGGAAAAGCAAGCACUAUAUCUAAAGGCGCUUAAUGCGUGCUGCAUGGAUAUGGAAAAGCCCAACAAUGUUGAGGGAUACUCGCUGGUGUCAUUAACGCUUGUGGAACUGGUGUCAACGGAUGUUAUGUACAAUGGACUACCCUUUCCCGAUGAGGAGUUUACUCGCGUCACUAUGGAACGGGAUAUGCAAAUACGUCGUGCCUUUAUAACCUCGCCUGUUCUUUGGGCAGUGCUUGGUUUGAUAGCUACUCACAGGCCCGCCUUGUGCUACUCUUCAGUGUUGCUGCGUGCGCUGUGCGCCACCUGUUUGCAUCACUGGCGUGGCAAGAAUGUCAACAAAUUCCAGCCGACAUCCUCCAACGACGAGCUUAUGCUGUGCACCAAGAAACUGCUACAAUUGCUGGCCAUGAGCCAGCUUAUACCGCCACCUCUUUCCAACCUGCACACGAUUAUUGAGCACUUCGAAGCGCCGGAGAUUGCUGUGCUGCUGCGGGAGUGCAUUUGGAAUUAUUUAAAGGAUCAUGUACCCUCACCUGCACUCUUUCACGUGGACAACAAUGGUCUGCAUUGGCGCAACACGAGCCAGGUUAAAGUGCUGCCGCAGUAUGUGGACACGCUGCGUCAUCUGAUGCAAAAGAAGCUUAGCAAACUGGGCCCGCACUAUCAUCAAAUGUUCAUCAUGAGCGAUCUACACAUAAGUUCAACUGCCCAAGCAAUAGCAGAGCCAACAGCAGUCAUGCCCAAAUCCAGCAUUGAAGUCGUAGAAUUGGAAUAAUAGAAUUAGUUAGUCAACUGUUAAGUUUAAAGUUUGCAAUGCCAAUUAAGGUAAAUUGAAAUUUGUCAAUAAAGGCAAAAACAUAUUCCAUAAAUAAGACCAAAAAACUUCGCACUAUUUUCGAAUUGCGAGUAUUUACAAAGU